GAGUAAUGAUGUUGAAUGUAAUAAGAAAUGUUUCUGUUUAUAUAUAGGUAAUGAUGUCAUGCAUUUCUUCUGCAGAUGUAGACGUGUUAAAAUAAUUAAUCGCCUAUAGUUUGUCUUUGGAAGCAAACAUUGUCAACAGCGUCACUGAUUCCCUUACGUCAUAGUACUUGGAAGCCUGUCAUAAUCAGGAGUAAGAAAGAUAACUCCAAGGGUUGUCGUCUGCUCUUGUUCACAGCCAUGAAGCUGAUCACAUUCCUCGUUGUGCUUUUUUCUUCAGCCUGUUGGGUCAAGUCCGACGUAGUCACUUUCAAGGAUUGUGGUUCAGAGCUCGGUACCAUCACACAAGUGGACAUCACUCCAUGUUCAAAUUUUCCUUGUCCAUUCAGAAGAAACGCCUAUACAAAUAUCACAGUAAAAUAUACAGCCAACUCUGACAUCGUCAGCGCCAGGACAAGUUUGGCGGCUUAUAUCGCUGGAAUGUCUGUGACUUUCCCGCUGCGUGAUAGUAACGCCUGCCACUCUAUGACGUGUCCAAUCAAAAAUGGAGACAAUGUGGUCUACAAAAGUCUAAUCUUUGUGCCGGAAGUGAAAAAGGUAUCGAUGGUCACAAGGUUCAAGAUACAGAGUGCAUCUCGUGACAUAGUUUGCUUCACUUUCCCAGUAACUAUCGUAGACUGAAGCCUCCCCUCUCUCCAGCCCUCCCUUUCUCAUAUUAGUAAUAUUUAAUAAAGUGUGAAA